AUGAGGUCACCUUUCCUGUGUCUUCCGCUCAUCGCAGCCGUGCUCCAUGAUGGGGCCAGUGCAAGCGCAUUGAAAGUCAGACAAGAUGCAGCACCGACAGCUUCAGUCAGGAAUGGCACGUUCACCGGCUACUACAACGUCGAGUACGAUCAAGACUUCUUCCUGGGAAUCCCUUAUGCCCAACCCCCAGUGGGAGAUCUCCGCCUCCGCAACCCGGUUUCGCUCAACACGUCAUGGGGCGGAAGUUCCAACGCAACCACUUUCUCUCCGGCAUGCCACAACUUAGGUUCGCCUCCAACUCCAGGCAUUACCUACUCCGAGGACUGCCUGAAUCUCAACGUCGUACGACCCAGUGGCACUAGACCAGGAGACAAACUGCCGGUGGGUGUGUGGAUCCACGGCGGCGGCCAUACAGGAGGAUCGAAUCAGGACCCCAACUACAACAUGUCCUUUAUUGUACAACAGUCCGUGGUGGCCGGUAAGCCGUUUAUUGGGGUCAAUAUCAACUAUCGACUGCAACUGUUUGGCUUCAUGUACGGCUCGGCCGUCGUGGAGUCCGGGGCUGGGAAUCUCGGCUACAAAGAUCAGCACCUGGCGCUUCGCUGGCUCCACGAAAACAUUGCCGCGUUUGGUGGAGAUCCUUCCAAGGUCACCAUCUGGGGCGAGAGUGCCGGAGCCGAAAGUUCGGGUGCCCAGAUGAUUGCGUAUGGAGGUCGGGAUCAAGGUCUCUUCCGAGGAGUGAUGCUAGAAAGCGGAGGUCCGAUCAACCCAUAUCGGUACAACACCCCUGCAGAAUGGGACCGCUACUACGACCCAAUUGUAAGGGCCGCCAACUGCAGCGGAGCAUCCGACACUCUGGCAUGUCUUCGAACCCUGCCCACCGAAACCCUCGUCACCGUUUUUAACAGCAACGUGACAGCCUCGAUUCCAUCGUGGGGCAUGGAGAUCGACGGGGACUUCAUCCAGGAAAAUGCUCGAGAGGCGCUGCUUGCGGGGCGCUUCAUUAGAGUUCCGGUGCUACACGGCCAAAACCACGAUGAAGGCACGAUCUUUUCCAUCACGGGCGUCAACACAGACGACGACUUCUUUGCCAGGGUCAGAGAACGGACCUCUGACAAUGCCACCCUGCACCAGAUCGCAGCACUGUAUCCGGACAUCCCUGAGCUUGGGAUUCCGUCGACAUUGCAGGGCCGACCAUCUGCAUCGCUGGGAUCUCAAUAUAAACGCAUCUCCGCCUUUGUCAGUGACGUGAUGUGGCAUGCGCCUCGCCGCUUGACCAGCCAAAUCCUGACCGACCACAACGUCCCAAACUGGGGCUACAUGUUCAAUAUCAGGCCCAAUGGGGUUCCUCUAUCAAGUGGAGCAUCUCAUUUCACAGAGGUGGCAUUCAUGUUCUACAACAUUCUGGGCAUUGGAUAUCCGCAAUCGCCAUUUGCCAACACGCCCCAAAGCUACAAGGAUGUUUCAGACCUCAUGUCGAGGUAUUGGCUUAACUUCAUUGUUGACGGAGACCCCAACGGCGCUGAUGCUGGCAAUGAACCUUAUUGGCCCUCGUAUUCUCUCACGAACCCCGAGCUGAUGACAUUCGAUGCCAACACGACCGACCUUUCAUUUCCGACGCCCGACACAUAUCGCGCUAAACCAAUCCAAUAUAUUUCCGAUAACUUGGCUAGUGCUUUUGGAAGAUGA